UUUAGAUGGAAAAAGCUACAACGCCUGCUUGAUGUAUUACAAGAGUAGCACAGAUCCAGGACUAAAUGAAGAUGACAGAAAAAGGCUGGAGAGUGAAAUGAAGUACAGACUUGGUUAUAGUCUCUGUUGCUACAGUCCUGAUGUUGUACCAGAGAGAGGAGAGGCUGUGUUAGACUGCAUAAAGCAGAGUCAGACAGUGGUUCUGGUCCCCUGCUCAGAAGAUUCUGGUUCAGGAGUCGACCUGCUGAAAAGUAUCCAAGCAUCCCUCAAGAAGUUGCAGACUCACGUGGUUUUGAUUAAAACUGAGACAGCCGGAGUCUUGAGCACAAGUUCAUCUUUAGAGGCCUUACAACUCUGCAAAGCUGCAGACUGUGUCACCUGGAAGGGAAAAAGCUCGAUGCUGCCCUCUUCUGCCUUCUGGAAGCUGCUACGUUAUUACCUACCUGCCCCACAGAGAGCACCCAGAGCUUUAAUAUGACUAUACAGUAUAUACUAUACAGUAUUUAGGAUGUAUUUCCUCCACUGAAUACACACACAUGUAAAGGAAGCUCUUAAAACAUGUGUUUAUCCUAUUUGGUCUUUCAUCAAGUCAGCAAAGAGGCACAGAGAAGACGAUCAGACAGAAACUAGGGAGGAUCAGAAAGACUAACACAACAUCCCAGUGUACUUCAGACCCAGCCACA